AUGUCGACUUGUACGGUCAGAAAAAUUGCCUUGGUGGUUUUGUGCGCAGCAGUUGUGGCCUCGCUCGUAUAUUUUGACUGGAUUGGACGGCCGCCUUCUUGCCCAGUGCCAGCAUCCGGCGGCACGACCAGAGAGCAGACUUCCAGACGUAGCGACGAUGACUUCGCAUCCAGAGCAAAAAGAAUCAACGAAGUGUGUCGCAAGUACCAAGUGACCUUGGUGGUUCCCAACUUCGGCUACGAACGGCCCGACCUGUGCCACAUCACAAGAUGUCCGAUCAUCAUCGACCCCGCACGGAAAGUCGGCUACUGCUUCAUCAACAAGGUUGCGUCCACCACAGUGAAGACCAUCUUCGGGCUCCUGCUCAACAUCAGCAACACGCAAAACACAGUUGACAGCUUUCACAGGGCAUUUCAUGAGCAGGUCCGCACAGUCUCACCCAUGACGUUCCUACAAAGGAGCAACGAGGAGCACUACACAACCGCCAUGUUCGUGAGGCAUCCCUUCGAGAGGCUUGUAUCCGCUUACGUGGACAAGGCACUAGCCCCACGUGCUGUCAAUGACUAUUUUUACGAGCGGUACUGGAACGACGUGCCUGGCGUCAAGGCAACGGGUCGAAACUUGACCUUCCCGGAGUUCAUUGAUUACAUACUGUAUCAGAGAAAGAACGAGAUGGAUCCUCAUUGGGCUCCGUACUACAUGACGUGUCAGCCUUGUACCGUCAAGUACGAGGUCGUCGGAAAGCUGGAGACAGCAAGCAGGGAUUUUGCGCUGUUCUUUGAAGCGCUAGGUGUUCGGUCAAAGGACAUUCCGCACGAAAACAAGAGUGGCGAUCACGCGUACCGCAAGUCUGCCCGAAAGUUUUUUAAAGAGCUCACCUCCGAUCAGGUGAUGCGCUUAUAUGAGCGGUUUUUCUUCGACUUCGAGAUGUUCGGGUACGACUUCAGGGACUAUCUGCACUGA